GUCUUGGGUCACCACGUUUAUUCCUUCCUCCCUCUGACCGAUUCAGCGCACGCCUCCGCAUCGUCCGCGAGUCCACCUCGGCGCCGAGGUGCUUCCUCCUCGUCCAACUCCCGGCGCCGCCGGCGCUCCUUCGGUCCUUCCUGGUCCCGGCGCCGACGACUUGGAUCCCUCCUCCAGAGCCAGGCGUCACCGCCCCCUCUCGAUUGCCACCACCUGAAUCGUUGCGCUCCAAAGGCCACUUGCCCCUUGGCUGCGGCAUCUGCGUGGAGGGAGGAUAUGCCGAAGCGGACGACGCACACGUACUCGAGCGAGGACGCGCUGCCGGAGGGCCCCGAAUCCGACCUCUUCGUCUACUACUGCAAGCACUGCGCCUCCCACGUCCUCAUCACCGAUACCCAAUUGCAGAAGAUGCCCAAGCGGAAGACUGACAAAGCACAUGUUCUAGACAAGACAAAGCAUCUCUCAAGGCUAAAUGCGAAGGAGUCAGGAAAAGUCAUGUUGAAACGUGGAGAAGGAAAGCUUGAAAAGCAAUUCCGUAUGAGCUGUGUGGGAUGUGACCUUUUUGUCUGUUACCGAUCAGAAGAGGAUCUGGAGCUUGCUCCUUUUAUAUAUGUUGUUGAUGGAGCACUGAGUUCAAUUGCGGCUGAGACAAAUCCACAUGAUGCUCCUGUACCCCCUUGCAUCACACAAUUGGAAGGUGGACUUGUCCAAGUAGCCAUUGAAGUGGAAGACCGGGCACAGCGUUCAGCAAUAACAAGAGUGAACGCUGACGAUGUUCGAGUAACAGUAGCUGCCCCUGCUGCUCGAGGGGAAGCUAACAGUGAGUUGCUAGAAUUUAUGGGAAAGGUGCUUGGCUUAAGGUUGACUCAGAUGACCCUUCAAAGAGGAUGGAACAAUAAAUCCAAGCUUCUGAUCGUUGAGGAUUUGUCGGCGCGACAAGUAUAUGAGAAGCUCCUAGAAGCGGUCCAACCUUAAGAGUGAUCUACAUUGAUUGCCGCAGCUCCUGACCUCGUCAUGCGUUUGGUUUUUUUUCUUCCUUGGAGGCAAAAGACAAAUAUUAGCCAAUGGAGGCAAUUAACCAAUCCGGGCAGAAGCUGUUCAUUGUAAGCGAGAACAUUAACUGAAGAAUCUGAGUUAUCCUCAGAAGGGAUUGUGAUAUAAACUGUUGUUUAAGGAUGCUGGUACACAUUUGAGUAUUAAAAUAUGAUCGUGGAUGAUUUUUCA